AUGGAUGGCAUCGAAAGCGAUCCGUAUCCAGAAGAUGUACAGAAGCUGCACGAUAAGUAUGGUUUCGAGGUGGUUCGUUCUUCAGCCAGGGUUCUCGUGAACAGCAGUCCGUUGACGAUGCGUUCUGAGUAUUCUUCUUACGACUGGUAUGGUCUCGCAACACCUUCUGUAGAAGUUGAUAGCGAGGUGCCCGCUGAGGCUACCUGGGUGCCAGAACCGACGCCAGCAUCGGAAAGGGCGCCAUCACCAUAUGACUGUACCCCGGAAGUGGAUGUCGGCCCGGAAGACAACCGACCAACAGAAUCUGAUGGCUAUGCAGAGCCCAAGGCUAUUAUAGGAGAGAAAUACGUGGAUGCUCCAGAUGAAGUGCAGGAGAAGCCUUGCGAUGACGAUUUGUCUCUGCCUCAUGAUGGCGAUGGGUACGACAAGGAUAAGGCGCAGGAGGGCGCUACCAAGCCUGGAGACUCGAAAGGGGACAGGGACAUCCACCAUGAGCAGGAGUCUCCUGACAAAGUGGAUAGUUACGCGCCCUAUCGUAAUCGAUACGAAGACAAAAAGGGGCUGGUGAGCGUACAGCUGGGUAUCCAGUACGAGCUCAUGGUACAGCUACAGAGAUACAUCGAAAGAGCCUGUUAUGCAUUUGGAAGUGGAGAAAUCCCAGAGACUCUGACACAAAACGGAUGGGACUGCGAUGAAGCAGUAACGCUGGAUCGUUGGAUGAGAGAGUUCCUCGCUCGACCUGAAAUCUUUGACGUGGGAGGCAGCGUUGAGAGUCUACCGUCAUUAUUUCAGAGGCUGCGUGAGAUUCAAGCAGUCAAUCUCAGUCGCAAACGCCUGACUUCUGACGAGAUACACGAGUUUCUCAGUGACGCAUGCGCACUUAUGGAUGUGCUGAAUGUCAGUGGCUAUAAGGAGAUCCUUAAGAAGCUCGAAUUGAGGGUUGGGAAGCUGUUAGUUGAUUUCGCCGUCAGGUACGAAUCAUUUCGGCAGAGACGAGAUGAAAAGUUGAAGCAAGUAAAAAGCGAGCGGGCGAGGCUGGACAUGCUAGAGAGGACGAUUCUCGCAGAAAUGGAAGAUGACAUGGAAGGAAAUCAGAGUAUAGUCAAGCGGGAGAUUCGAAUUGCAUUAGACAAAACGGCGGCGAAAUUUGAAACAGAUAUAGAGUGGGAGGAAGAUAGAGGAGAGUGA